AUGGAAAGACACUGUUGUGAGCACCAGGAUAUUGCUGGAAUACGUCUUAUAGUGUUAAAUCUACCCGAAGACGAGGGCGAGGGUCUGGGUUUUCGACUGACGCGAACUCUAUGGGAUCCGUAUCCAUGGGUCCAUGAUGUGACGUUAGGAUCAAGAGCAGAUGGUGCUGGCCUCAAAGCAGGAGAUUGCCUUCUUCAAGCUGAUGGGAAAGAUUUAUUGGGCUUGCCAGUCGGUCAAGUGGCGGGCAUAAUAAGAGGUAAUGGCGACAGCCACGGAGUUUCUUUACUUGUUUGGAAUUGCGGAGUCGACCCCAAAGAUGAUCCAGAGUUAUUAUGGAGCGUCGGUGGAGGCUCCCGAGGCGAGAAGUCUCGUAGAGCACUCUCUGGCGUUGUUAAAGCGUUAUCGUGUUGCGUCUGCGCAGCAACUGCUUCUAGCGCGCUAAACUGCGCUCGGUCGCACUUAUAUUGUGAAGGUUGCUGGAGUCGUCUAGAAAAGUGUGCGCUUUGUAGAGAACCACUACCAGCAAAAGAAUCGCCAUACGCUAAAAAUUUAGUCGCGGAACAAGUAUUUGAAGCAAUAGCCGUAGAAUAUGAAAUAAAAGAACCGUUGAACAAAAAUAAAACAUUAUCUGCAUAUAAUUCCCCAAAUCGAUCACCACAAGUUUCCCCAUCACCCCUCCGGAAAGGACAAUAUCAAUUAUCAAUGAUGAACAGAAAAUAUAAUACAAAAUAUUCGUCCGAUCCGAAUUUAAGAAGAUCUAUAAAUGAUUGCAAAUCAAAAACUAUCCCUUUGGUAGAAAGUACUAGCAAUUGUAGAUGUCAAAAUCAUAAUGUUGGUACAAAUAUAUCACACAAAUGGCGGGAAACACAGGGUUGCCAUAAUGAAGGAGAAAACGUACCGAUAAUUAAAAUUGAAGACGGAUGCGAAUCAAAGUGUAAUUUAUUACAACAUAAAUUAGUUACCCGUUUGAGACAAGCAUGUUCGAUGGCUGAUUUGCAGAAUUUUGCUAUACAGAGUUGUCAUCUGUCAAAAUCUAUGAAUAAUAUAAAUACAAAUGAAAAAAGUCACUCAAGUGAACAACAUAGCAGUUCAAUGGAUAAUCUCAAAGCGAAUAACAAUCAUGGGGAUACGCCGGUCUAUCUAUUGUCACCCCCACCAAUAUACGUGCUGAGUUGUGAUCAUUAG